AUGUAUGCAAAAAACAACAACCCUUUUGUUGAUGAUUUCAUUGAUCCACUUUGCAAGCUCAACCUCAGAGAAACCUCUGAGUUUGUCAAAUCUCUCCCACUGCCAAAUCCCAAUUCAGUUAUCACAAGAUUCACCAAUGAUUCUUCAACAAACCUCAGAAAACUAGAAGCUCCUUCAACACCAGGUAGACCACUUUUCAGCUUCAGCUCUUCUUCAUCUUCCAUUGUUGGACGAAACAAUCUUCCAAGAAAAAGCUUUCCUUCCAAAUGGGAUGAUGCUGAAAAAUGGCUCAUAAGCACUUCCUGUCAUGACUCACCAGCUCACAACAACAACAACAACAACAACCUUAAACAUGUUUCUUCAGAAUCCUCAAGCAUUGGAACCAAACAAUGUGAUAACAAUAAUAGCUUUAAGCAGAAAGUGGAACUAAAGGUUUCAAAAGUUGUUACUAAAUGUCAAAGUUCUUCUUCAACUUUGGACCACAAUGGAAUCUCAUAUCCAACAGACAUAGUUCUAAAAGAUAAGUUUACAGACAGUAUAGAACCGGUUUUACCGAAAUUCAUCUAUUCAGAACCAACAAAAGAAGGAUUCUUGUUUAAGAAUCAAGCUUACGAUGAAUCAAUGAAUCAUGAUGUUGCUUACACUGAAGUGAUUCAUGAGGUUAAACACAAGGAUGUUGGCACGGACAUGACUCCCUUGGGAAGUUCCACGACUUCGAGAUGUCAUACGCCGUUCAAGAGUUCAUCGCCUGCGCGACACAAUACUCCGGCUAGUAGAUCAGGGCCGUUGGCGUUGGAUAAUGUCGAUGGUAAUGGUUGCUGUGUGGAUGGUAUUAAGCUGGAGGAGUGUCAUUUUGAUAAACUGCAAUAUGGAACAAUGAAGUAUGAUUUGGUUGCGCCUAGUUGGAGUUCGAGUGAAGAGGAGGAGAAGGAGAUAUCGAAAAGUUUGAGGCAUAAUGCUAGUUUGAAAGCUGAUUCUGAUUGCAUUGCUGCUACUUGGGAAGAAGAGGAGAAGAAUAAGUGUUGUCUUAGAUAUCAGAGAGAAGAAGCAAAAAUUCAAGCUUGGAUUAACCUGCAAAAUGCUAAAGCAGAAGCUAGGUCAAGAAAGCUUGAGGUGAAAAUCCAAAAGAUGAAAUCAAACUUGGAAGAGAAGUUGAUGAAGAGGAUGUCAGUGGUUCACAGGAAAGCUGAGGAAUGGAGAGAAACAGCUAGACAGCAGCACUUAGAACAAAUGGAAAAAUCAACUCAACAUGCUAAAAAGAUUAUUCAUAAGCAUAAUUCACAAUUUUCUAGGUACAACUCAUGUGGAUGUUUCCCUUGUAAUAACAACCAUUAA